AUUGAGCCUUGUGCAUUGCUCUUUUCCGGUCUUCUCGACUUCUAUCGUCAUCAUGGGUGUUCCCUUUGAGGCUCUUCUUCCCUUUGGUAUCAUCAUCGGAUCGUUCACUGUCGGCGGUGCCGGCUUGUGGGCGGUUCGGAAAUGGGACAACGAGGGCAAGAUGCCGCGGUGGAAUAAGGACAAGUGGGAUAGAAGAGACCUGAGAAUCACGGGCACGAAACGAGGCCAAUCGAGCAACCACGAAGCUCCCAAGGGAUUCGAGCUCAGCAACCCCUGGAAGAUCGAGAAACGGAUCUUCUAGACAGCAUGGGUUGUCACACGUCAUGUCAUUAUUCCCGCCUGUUCCUUAUUUAUUCGGCCGCAUUACUUUCGAGAGAAAUAUCCACGCAAUGAAAGAUUGAUUGUAUCAUAUUAUAAAAAUAUCUGGCCGGCUGGGUACACCGCCAGGUAGAAUUCAUUUAAGC